AUGAAAACGCUAUCACUGCUUGUAUGCAUCUUUGUGCUGAUUGCUUGCUUCCCAUUCAUCGAAAGUGGACGAAAGAAUCACAAAAAACAAUCUCAACAGUCACCUAAACUUCACAAAUUACCACAUUCUUCUGGACUACCAUCCCAUCGUAAUCCACUCCUUAAAAAGUAUUACCAUGUUGUUCUACACCAGUUCUCUAAGCGUAAGCCUGCACAUUCACCUCCUAAGUGUUCAGUCAAAAAUAACACUGUGGUCAACAAUAAAAAUCCAGAGACCACUACUCAACUUCCAUCUUUGAAUUCCAAAUCUCCUUCCACCAAAAUUACUACCACUUCAGGUGUGAUUCCUUUCACUCAGAAUGCUAGUACCACUUCUGCAAGAGAAAAUACCAGGACUGGCUCUUCUGUAGCUACGCCAACACCACAACCUUCUUCAGCUCUGCAGGAGACCACAGGUGCCCCACCUACAUCUUCCCCAACUACACCAACACCACAACCUUCUUCAGCACCAGAGACCACAGGUGCCCCACCUACAUCUUCCCCAACUACACCAACACAACAACCUUCUUCACCUCUGCCAGAGACCACAGGUGCCCCACCUACAUCUUCCCCAACUACACCAACACAACAACCUUCUUCAGCACCAGAGACCACAGGUGCCCCACCUACAUCUUCCCCAACUACACCAACACCACAACCUUCUUCAGCUCUGCAGGAGACCACAGGUGCCCCACCUACAUCUUCCCCAACUACACCAACACAACAACCUUCUUCAGCUCUGCCAGAGACCACAGCUGGCCCACCUACAUCUUCCCCAACUACACCAACAUCACAACCUUCCUCAGCUUCAACAGAGAUCACAGAAGUCUCACAUACCACACCUAAUUCUUCCCCAGACACUCCUGCACCUGAAACUUCUGAAACUACAGCUGUACUCAUACCCCAAACUACUACUCCAACCACUAGUCGAACUGUUACCAUUAAACAACCAACUUCAUCUUCCAACCAAAAUGUAUAUAUUCAACUUCUUGAAGGCUUACGGUAUUGGUUAAAUAAUAUUUUUGAUCGUUUAGAAAGGAUUCAGUAG